AUGAAUUACUUUAAUAUUGGACAAAACAAAUCGGAUGAUACUUCGGAUAUGCGAGAACAAGACUUGGAGGAAGAACUCAAAACGAUUAAACAAGCAAACGCAAAAUUAAAAAGUCAAGUUACCGAAUUGUCAAAAAUUAAUCAAACUUGGAUGAUAAAAUAUGAACAAUCCGAAACUGAUUUCAAGAAGAACAUCAACUUUUAUAAAGAGCAGAUGGAAAAGUUACAACAACAAGUUACGGAUUAUAAAUCAGAAGCAGCGCAUUAUCAAUCCGAACUUGGUGGAAUAAAAAAUCUGCAAGAUGAAAACAGUAUAGUAAAGCUCAGACACGAAAUUGAAGACCUAAAAGAUGCUCUAGAAACUUUGACAACCACGAAAAAACGUGAUGUCAAUAAAAAAGGGGUGAAAAAUCUCUUGGAUAAAUACCAGUUGAAAUAUAAAUCUCAUGAAAAGUUUCCAAAUAAUCUCAUCAGCGCUGUUAUGCAACGUCACAUUAUUGAAUUGAUUUUGGAGUAUUUAAAAAAACACUUUGAAGAGUCGGUCGCAUUCGAAGAAGAACUGGAGACGACAAGUCAUGCGGUGAAAAAUGAAAGACAAGUGGAUAAAAUGCUCAUCAAAUCAAUGCAAACAAUAUCCGAAAACAUUGAAACUUUUGGGAAAAUUCAUCCCAUACGAAAUGAAUUUGUCAAUAUCACAAUGUUCAAAAUUCAACAACAAAUCUAUAAUCUGUUGAGUUCACGCAAAUUUGAUAUUGAAAAUUCUCAGCUAUUCAAGUCAAUCUGCGAAUUAGUUGUAAGCGAAAUGGAAAAAGUAUUUUCGUUUAAUUCCGGAGAACGAACCAAAUUCAUGAAAAAAGCAAUCGAAACAAUUCACAAAUGUAUCACGACUCUUUACUUUAACGUAAAAUUGCAAUACCCAUAUCUUGAAAUAGUAUGGCUAACAAAAGGCCAUCCUGUUAACAAUAUAGAGAUGGAUGAUGACAAUAUUAACGAUAUUGACGAUACUGAUAAUGCGAUUGUCGAGAUAUGUAAAUUUCCUUUGAUUAAGGAAAUCGAUACUCAGAAUGUUGUUUUCACAGCUCGAGUCAAAACUAUGCUAAGAAACAACAGCAAUCCUUUCUCAAUAGGGUCUUACGGAAUACUUUAG